AUUGUAACAAAAACGACUCCGUGAUAAGAACUAGCAUCAACUUUCUCGCGGAAUCGUUCCGUAACAAUUCCGCGGCCAUUAUAAACGAGGUUUUAGUAACAGACUAACAGAGGUGAAGUGUGAGCUAGUUUUUAAUGAGUUAGGAGGAAUAACUUGACUCAUCCUCAAAUUGCGGUUUGAAUGGGAUAAGAGCCACAUAGGCUUUAUUUGAGUACGUGUGUUUGAGUGCUUGGGUGUGUGUUCGUGUGUGUGUUUUUUUACUACCUACUAUUUAAGUGUGAUUUAUUAUAUAAGAUUUCAGUAUGGCUACCCUUACGGAACAAGCUUCAAAGUUACUGGAUUUCAGUCAAAAAUUAGACAUAACGCUGUUAGAUAAUGUAAUCGGUUGUAUGUACACUGGAAUCGGAGAUCAGCAAAAAGUUGCCCAAGAAGUGCUGACUGCUUUGAAAGAACAUCCAGAUGCUUGGACCAGAGUGGAUACGAUUUUAGAAUAUUCUAGUAAUUUACAAACGAAAUAUUACGCUUUACAAAUUUUGGAACAAGUCAUUAAAACACGAUGGAAAGUUUUACCAAGGAAUCAGUGCGAAGGUAUCAAGAAAUAUAUCGUGAGUUUGAUUAUAAAAAUUUCUUCCGAUCCAGUGACCCUAGAAAGAGAAAAAAUGUAUCUCAAUAAAUUGAACAUGAUUCUUGUUCAAGUACUGAAAAGAGAAUGGCCCAAAAAUUGGGAAUCCUUUAUCCCGGAUAUUGUCGGUGCUAGUAAAACUAACGAAAGUUUAUGUCAAAAUAACAUGAUCAUUUUGAAGCUAUUAAGUGAAGAAGUAUUUGAUUUCUCUACCGGACAAAUGACGCAAACUAAAACGAAACACUUGAAGGACACCAUGUGUUCGGAAUUUUCUCAAAUAUUUCAAUUGUGUCAGUUCGUACUCGAAAAUUCUGAGAACGCCGCUCUAGUAGGAGCAACGUUGGAAACUCUGUUAAGAUUUCUCAGUUGGAUACCACUCGGAUAUAUUUUCGAAACUGAACUUAUUCCUUUAUUAAUAACCAAGUUUUUGAAUGUACCAAUGUUCAGAAACGUAACUUUGAAAUGUCUAACCGAAAUCGCCGGAGUGACGGUGAUAAAUUACGAAGAAAUGUGUAUUAUUUUAUUCACCCAAACCAUGAUGACUCUCGAAGAGAUGUUACCUUUACAUUCUAACAUCAAGUUGGCGUAUGCUGCGGGUGUAGAUCAAGAGCAAAAUUUCAUCCAAAAUCUAGCCAUGUUUUUGUGUACAUAUCUAAAAGAACACGGAACUUUACUUGAAAAGAAAGAUCAUCACGAGGUGCUUUUAAAAGCUUUAGCGUAUUUGGUGUUAAUUUCGGAAGUGGAUGAAGUGGAAAUAUUUAAAAUAUGUCUCGAAUACUGGAAUGCAUUGAGUGCUGAUUUAUAUAGAGAAAAUCCAUAUCAACCUCCUAACACUCAAUCAUUAGUUUUCAAAAUGGCACCUAUAUCUCAAAUAAGACGAGAAUUUUACCGUCCUGUUCUCUCUCAAGUAAGAUUGAUAAUGAUAAGCAAAAUGGCUAAACCAGAGGAAGUAUUGGUGGUUGAAAAUGAGAACGGCGAAGUUGUACGAGAAUUCAUGCGGGAUACGGAUUCCAUUAAUCUAUACAAAAAUAUGCGCGAAACGUUGGUUUAUUUAACCCAUUUGGAUUACGCGGAUACCGAACGAAUAAUGACGGAAAAGUUAUUAAAUCAAGUGAAUGGUACCGAAUGGUCGUGGAAGAAUUUGAAUACUUUAUGUUGGGCUAUUGGUAGUAUCUCCGGCGCUAUGCAUGAAGAAGACGAGAAACGGUUUUUAGUCACGGCUAUCAAGGACUUACUGGGGCUGUGCGAACAGAAAAAAGGCAAAGAUAACAAAGCUAUCAUUGCCUCCAAUAUAAUGUACAUUGUCGGACAAUAUCCGCGAUUCUUACGCGCGCACUGGAAGUUUUUGAAAACGGUGGUGAACAAACUGUUUGAAUUCAUGCACGAAACUCACGAAGGUGUGCAAGAUAUGGCCUGUGAUACUUUUAUUAAGAUAGCUCAGAAAUGCAAACGACAUUUCGUCACAAUUCAAGCUGGCGAAAUCGUACCAUUCAUUGAUGAAAUAUUAGCCAGCAUUAGUUCGAUUAUUUGUGAUCUUAACAACCAACAAGUGCAUACUUUUUACGAAGCCGUCGGUUUAAUGAUAAGCGCGCAAGUUGAUCAAGUUGUACAGGAUCAAUUAAUAGAAAAGUACAUGAUGUUGCCGAAUCAAGUGUGGGAUGAUAUUAUUACGUCUGCGGCAAAAAAUGUCGAUAUUCUAAAAAGUCCCGAAGUUGUCAAACAACUGGCGAGUAUACUGAAAACAAACGAAAGCGCAUGCCGAUCUUUAGGUCAUCAGUACGUCGUACAAUUAGGCCGAAUGUUUUUGGAUAUGCUGAACGUGUACAAAGUAAUGAGCACGAAUAUUUUGGCGGCUAUUUCAAUAAACGGCGAAUCUGUCCUGAAACAACCAUUGAUCAAGAGUAUGCGAGGCAUUAAAAAAGAAACGCUGAAAUUGAUAUCGGAUUGGAUUAGCAAAUCGAACGAACCGGAACUGGUUUUAGAGAACUUCAUACCUCCAUUUUUGGACGCUGUGCUUUUGGAUUACAAUAAAACGAACGUACCUUCUGCCAGAGAACCAGAGGUGUUGUCCGCGAUGGCCAGCAUAGUAAAUAAAUUGCAAAGUCACAUCACCGGCGAAGUUCCUAAGAUAUUUGACGCUGUUUUCGAAUGCACGUUGAAUAUGAUUAACAAAGAUUUCGAAGAGUUCCCGGAACACAGAAUAAAUUUCUUCUUAUUACUUCAAGCUGUUAAUAUGCAUUGUUUUCCGGCUUUUCUUCAUAUCCCUCCUCCUCAGUUUAAAUUGGUGCUGGAUUCCAUUAUAUGGGCGUUUAAGCAUACAAUGCGAAACGUCGCCGAUACCGGAUUAGGAAUUUUGUACCAAUUGUUAUUGAAUUUGCAACAACACGAACAAGCUGCGCAGAGCUUCUACGCUACCUACUUUACCGAUAUUUUACAGCAUAUUUUUACCGUCGUUACUGAUACUUCACAUACAGCAGGAUUAGCGAUGCACGCUACCAUUUUAGCUUAUAUGUUCAAAUUGGUGGAAGGCAACAAAAUCAAGAGUCCAUUAGGUCCGUCGAAUGUCGAUAAUGUUAUGUACAUUCACGAAUUCGUUGCUUCGUUAUUCUCCAGUGCGUUCUCGCAUUUAACCGAAAACCAAAUUAAAAUCAUAGUUCAAGGAAUGUUCAACCUUAACGAAGAUGUACCAGCAUUUAAGAAUCAUUUGAGAGAUUUUCUGAUACAGAUUAUGGAAUACACUGGUGCUGACGAUUCGGAUCUCUAUCUUGAAGAAAGAGAGCAAGCUCUUCGACAAGCUCAAGAAGAGAAGAGAAAACAACAAAUGACCGUACCCGGUAUAAUAAAUCCGCACGAAAUGCCUGAAGAUAUGCAAGAUUAAAUUUUUGAGGGGAAAAAAAUCUGAAUUUACGAAAAUUUUACUCGUAUUGAUCUCCGCAUCCGCGCGCGUAUGUUUAUUGCCAUUGAAAAAAAUCUCUCCGGCUCAUUUUUUACUAUAUUGACCUCCUGUUAAUGAAAGUUUACGCGAUGUUUGCUUACCGUUGAUUAGUUCUAUAUACGUAUUCUUUACUUUCAUAUUUAUUAUUUUUUUAUCGUGUUUAUUCGAAUGGAAAAAAAAAUUGAGGUGGAAAAAUCAAGGAUAUGUCGAAAUAGAAGUGUGAGUGUAUGUUACACAAUAAUACCAAUAAUGAUGAUGAUAAUGCAAGAAAACGGAUAAAAUAAACGUGUGUAACUUAGCAAUAACUUGUUGAAAGUAUAAACGAUGUUUGUGUGAUAUUGCCAGUGUAAAAUAUUCGAAAUUUUUGAAUUUUGUUUUUCUUUUCAUUAUUUAUUUAAAAGAGUGAAUUUUUGCGUUAAUAACGUUUACAAUAAUUCAGGGAAAUGAGAUUUUUUUAAGUGUUUUCAUUUUUUUUUCUUUUUGUAUUUUUGCAUUAUAUAUUUUUUGGUUUAAUUUUCAUUCUUGUUUAGUGGUAAUGCGAAGUGGUCAAUUAAAAGGUCGAUUAAUUUGAUUAGUGACCGUCGUAGUAAAUAAUAAAAUGUUUUUGUUCUUAGUCAAGGGUGUUCGGGUCACGUUUAUGUUUAUUAUCAGCACUAACGGAGGUUAGUAAACUUUUAGGCCUAUAAAUACUACAGUUGUAUUUAGCUUUUGAAAAUUGCGGGUUUGGAAAAAUUCACGUUGAAAAUUCCAUGACAAUUAUGUACCUACUUUUUUUUUGGCGAUUUCGAAAAUUAUAUAUUUUUUCUUACAUUGCCACUACAGAUGAAUUUUUUCGAGGUAAUCAAACAUGGCUGUAAAUUGUUACGCGGCGUAAACUUUUUCCGAUGAAAUUAGUCGUAAUGUUGUUAAGUUUCCAGAUUGUAUGUAUUUGAGAUUAUUUAAAAUAGUGUACCUAUUGUGUGAAAUUGAAAGAAAAUUUUAAGCGUUAUUUUAAAUUAUAACGGUGUCAAAAAUGCUCCUAUUAUGUAUAGAUUUUGUUUUUUUUUUAAGUUUUAAAACUAUGUUCUGCGAUUUUUGAGUUGAAUGAAAAAAUGAUUGCGUGCACUUAUAAUGUAUUAUUUCUUUCUUUUUUAAUUUUUUUUUUUUUCUUCUGAAUCACAUUAAUGUGAAUUUCGUUUUUCUUCAUGUCCCAUUUGAGGGAUGUUUCGCAUAUUUUACUAUUUUAUUGUAUUGUAGUUAACGUGUGUUAAGUUAGAUAACCAAAAGUGGUUGGUUUUAGAAUUUUUACUUUUUUAAGGUAAAAUUAAAGAAAAAUAUCUCUUGUAUAGUGCGUUGUUCUUAUUUUUUUUUUAAAUUAUCGUUUUGGAAGUAAAUUACGGAGAAUUUAUUCAGGAUGUUACGCAGUGUUAGUAACAGAACCAGUUUGUGGACUUGAUUUAUACUUUUAUAACGAUAAUUUUAAAUAAAUUGUAUUUUUAAUUUGUUA